AUGAUUGGUACUAUUGCUACUUUAGGCGCUGCUGCUGCUGGAACUGCUGCAAGUGCCAUUUCACAAAAUAAGACUAAUAAGCAGAAUGAGAAGAUUGCUAGUCAGCAGAAUGCUUUUAAUAAGCAAAUGUAUGAGCAGCAAUUAAAGGAUGCUAAGGACUGGUAUAAUGAGUUCGAAAGUCCUAUGGCUCUUCGUAGGCAAUGGCAAGCAGCUGGUUUUUCUCCUAUGGCUGCUUUAAAUGGUGGUAAUACUGGUAGUGGUAUGCAGAGUGUUGGUUCUGCUGAUGCUGCAUCUUAUGAAUAUCAGUCUCCUUUAAGUGGUGUUGGUGGUAAUAUGAUGCAAGCGGUUGCAGCUGCUAAUAAUUAUCUUUCUACCCAAGUUCAAAGAGAGAAAUCUCUUGCAGAGAUUGAAGCACAGAAGAUUCAAAAUCAGCGUGACCAAAUUGCUUUAGGUUAUGAGCGUGACAAUUAUGUUAAGGAUAAACUUGCUUCCCGUCUUUCUCUUUCUAAGGGAUUUGACCAUGGUGCUGCUGCUAGUAUGGAUAAUUAUAUUGCUAAUGGCCCUUAUGAGCGUGCCUUUAAGUUGUAUGAUUCUUAUAUGUCCCAGCGUAAGUCUGCUGAACUACGAUUGGAAAAUGCACGUGCAAAGAAUACUACUACUGACACUGAGUUAAAGGAACUUGAAAAGCAGUUAAAGUCUAUUGAUAUUCGAUGGCAGCCUUUGCUUAAUCGUGCAAGUAUUGGUCUUACUAAUUCCCAGCGUGCUACUCUUGAUAAGAUGAGACCUAUUCAGUAUCUUAAUGAAAAAAAUAAGUAUUCUCUUGGACAACUUGAUAUUUCGAAUUAUAGCAAUAAUCAUGCUCGUGACUUUGGACUUUCUUCAGGUUCUAAUAAUCUUGUUGAUUAUUUCAUAAAAUUACUUGGUAUUAAAUGGGAAACUGACCCAUUGGCAGAUAAUGAGAUUUAUUAUGAUGAUGUUUAUAAUAAUUUGAAUAUUCCAAAGGAUAAGGCAUUUUUUAGGCAUUAUCUUAAAGUACCUAAGUUGUCACCGGUUGAUGUUGAGAACUAUGACUAUGUUGAAGAAGAUGAAAAGAUUUAUAGUGAUGAGUUGGCAGAGUUUCAUUGUGAUAAUGGAUUUUUGAAUUAUGAUGAUGUCCAAAAGUUUUUCAAGAGAGUUCGCCAGCAACUUAAAUAUUAUUAUGGUAUUGACUAUGUAAGAUAUUUUUGCUGCGGAGAGUAUUCUCCAGCACCUCACUACACGCCUGAUGGUCGUUUAACUGAGGGAUUUCUCCCUCACUAUCAUUUAUUGAUUUGGUUUAAGCACUCGCUUAAAUCACAAUAUGGUUGGAUUAAACCAGUUCCUAAGAGAAAUAAGAAUCGAUUAAGUGAAUAUCUCCCGCUUGUUACUUUAUUACCCGAUGGUCGUGCUCAUGUUCCACCGUUGUCCGUUGCAGUUUUUCAAGAUUUUUUGUUUCGUGGUUGGAAUUUAAGUGAUAGAAAAGCGUUUGUAUGUUCUCCAGUCCGUUCCAUUGUUGGUUGUACUCGUUAUAUUUCAAAGUAUAUUCUUAAAGCGGUUAAUGCUGAGCAUUAUAAGGAUGAUGUUCAAGCCUUGCGUCCUUUCCAUCGUUGGAUGUCGCAAGGCAUUGCUAAGGGUUAUGCUGAACAUAUUGCACCUCAAAUAUGUACUAACUUUAGUUUUGGUUUUCAAGAUGGUCAGUAUUUCCGUUUUUAUCCUUCUAUAUUCCUUAAAUGGUCAUAUUCUCACGAUAUUGAUAUUCAGAAGAAUGAUUAUCUAAAGUGGUAUGAUAAUGAAAAGUAUUUUAUCAUGCUACGUAAUCGUGAGAAAUAUAUUUCCGAAAUGGAAGAACCUACUCUACGCGAUGUAGAGGAUAAAUGUAUUAAGGUCCGAAAUAUGCUUGAAACUUUGUCUGCUGAUGCUUUCUAA